UCCUACCCACAAUGCUUUGCGGGGACGUUGACAAGUGGAUCCAAGAUGGCGUAGAAAGUAAUGACAGAAAAACUAUGGGAAGGCAGAUGAAGACUGUAGGCAUGCAUUGGGAGAAGGACUGGACAGGGAAGGUGACACUUUCCGUGCAGUGCUUUGCUACAUGCAUCUUAAAGGAAAGCUGCAGGUUGUAUCUAACGCUCUUUCUAAAUCACUGAUGGGCGAAUCACUGAACGGGAUGGUAACUAAAGAUCUUACAAGGCUGAAAACACUUCUUGUUGAAACAGAGGUAGCAGCUGGUAAACCACCCUCGGUAUACCAUGCAGAGGAGCUAGAAGAAGGAUCUCAGGAUGGCUGGCAGUUUCGCCCCCCACCCAGGGGAGUGACAAGUAGUGAGGAGUACACAUUAUGCAAAAGAUUUUUAGAGCAAGGCAUCUGCAGGUAUGGUGCACAGUGUACUUCAGCACAUUCCCAGGAAGAGCUGACAGAAUGGCAGAAACGGUAUGCAUCCCGCUUGAUACGGUUAAAACAGCAGAAGGAAAACAAGCAAUGUUUGGGGAGCUACAUGGAAUCCUUGAUAGAAAAAUGGAUGAAUUCAUUAUCUCCUGAGAAAGUGCUUAGUGAAUGCCUAGAUGGUGUGAGAAUUGAACACAACCCUGAGCUGUCACUAACUGUCACUACCAAAAAAUCACAACAGAUGUGGACAUUUGCUCUCACGUGUAAGCCUGCAAGAAUCCUGUAUCGGGUGGCAUUGCUUUAUGAUGCCCAUCGUCCUCAUUUCAGUAUCACAGCAAUAUCUGCUGGCGAUCGCACCACCCAGGUCUCACAAGAAGUCCCAUCAAACUGCCAGGAAUGGAUCGGAGGAAAAAUGGCCCAGAAUGGAAUCGAUCACUCUAUGUACAAAAUCAGCAUUGCCUUUAGCACAGAAAUCUUUGGGACAUUUCGCCAAACUGUGGUAUUUGAUUUUGGGACUGAACCAGUUUUAAUGCAACGAGUGAUGAUAGAUGCUGCUUCCACAGAAGAUCUUGAAUAUAGGAUGAAUGCACGACAACAACUGUUAACCACAGCCAAGCGUUGGGAUUCCACCUCUAAGACUAUUGUAGAAUUUGAGCCAAAUGAGACUACUGAAUUGGAUAAGAGCCUUCUGAUUAGAUACCAAAUUCCUCUGUCUGCUGACCAGCUAUUUACACAGUCCGUCUUGGAUAAAUCAUUGACCAAGAGUAACUACCAGUCACGACUGCAUGAUCUCCUUUAUAUUGAAGAAAUAGCACAAUACAAAGAAGUCAGCAAGUUCAACAUAAAAGUGCAAUUGCAGAUUGUAGCAAGCUUCAUGCUCACCGGUGUUUCUGGAGGUGCAAAGUAUGCCCAAAAUGGACAACUUUUUGGACGAUUUAAGCUCACUGAGACGCUUUCUGAAGACACUUUGGCAGGGCGACUGGUGAUGACCAAAGUCAAUGCUGUUUAUUUAUUGCCAGUCACUAAAGAGAAGUCAGUACUGACCCAAGGAACCAAAGAGAAGGUGUAUGAAGCAGCUAUUGAGGAAAAAACAAAAGAGUAUAUAUUUUUGCGAAUAUCCAGGGAAUGCUGUGAAGAGCUUAAUCUUCGAGCAGAUAGUGAAAUGCAGGUUGAACUUCAGUUUCAGUUAAACCGCUUACCCCUCUGUGAAAUGCAUUAUGCCUUGGACAGGAUCAAGGACAACAGUAUUCUCUUUCCAGAUGUCAGCAUGACUCCCACAAUACCAUGGAGCCCCAACAGACAGUGGGAUGAACAAUUGGAUCCUAGGCUCAAUGCCAAGCAAAAAGAGGCUGUUCUGGCUAUCACAACUCCACUGUUGAUACAACUGCCUCCUGUUCUUAUCAUCGGUCCCUAUGGGACAGGCAAAACAUUCACUUUGGCUCAGGCAGUCAAGCACAUACUUCAACAGCAAGAUACUAGCAGGAUUCUCAUUUGCACCCAUUCUAAUAGUGCUGCUGAUCUCUACAUAAAGGAUUAUUUACAUCCAUAUGUAGAAGCAGGCAAUCCCCAGGCAAGACCUCUCAGGGUGUAUUUCAGAAACCGUUGGGUAAAAACUGUACACCCAAUUGUGCAUCAGUACUGUUUGAUUUCAAGCACACAUUCCACCUUCCAGAUGCCCCAAAAAGAAGACAUUCUUAAACAUAGAGUGGUAGUGGUUACUUUGAAUACUUCACAGUAUCUGUGUCAACUGGAUCUUGAACCUGGGUUUUUUACACAUAUUCUGUUAGAUGAAGCUGCACAGGCAAUGGAGUGUGAGACUAUUAUGCCUCUAGCACUAGCAAAUAAAAACACAAGAAUUGUCUUGGCUGGAGACCAUAUGCAACUUAGUCCCUUUGUCUACAGUGAAUUUGCCAGAGAGAGAAAUCUUCAUGUCUCAUUACUUGACCGUCUCUAUGAACACUACCCUGCAGAAUUUCCAUGCAGGAUCUUGCUCUGUGAGAACUAUCGCUCCCAUGAAGCUAUCAUCAA